AGCAAAACAAAGUGCACCAAAUUAAGCGAAUUUAUACAACAUGUCAAAUAAAAACAAAGUAUAGACAAUAAUGAGAUUAUGAUACUAUUGCAAUGGAUUUGUAAUCGUUUUGUAUCUUUAUUUGGAAUAAUAUCUUUGCUAUUUGCAAUAUAUUACUAUGGUCAGCUGGAGACUCGCGGCAAGCGGCAUGUGGCAAGAACUCCGCCUAAUCCCGAGGUACCGCUGCCGCCAUCCAGCUCCAAGUUGCAUCGAUUUAAAGAAGCGGCAAUUUGCUCUGACAACAAUGAGUGUAGUCUAAUUGCGAGGGAUACCCUGAGACAUGGUGGCAGCGUGGUGGAUGCUGCACUUGCCGCACUGCUCUGCAGCGGACUGAUUGGAAUGCAGAGCAUGGGAUUAGGUGGCGGCAUGUUAAUGAACAUUUAUAUGCAUAAGGAACGACAGUCAUAUAGCAUACUCAGUCGUGAAUUGGCGCCACAAUCUUCAAGAGCCGAGGAUUUUGUCAGAUUCGAAAAUGAGCAGGAGCUGAGGCAAUCCGGCUGGUCAAUUGCAGUUCCCACAGAGCUUCUGGGUUAUGCAUUGGCCCACGAGCGUUAUGGCAAACUGUCAUGGCAGAAAUUGGUUGCACCAACGAUAGCAUUGUGCCACAAUGGAUAUAACCUCUACAAACAUCAGCAUGAUGCGCUCAUCAUCAAUAAGCUUAUGAUCAAACGAGAUUCGCUAUUACGUAAAAUGUUUGUUGAUCCCGUAACGGAGGAAUUCUGGCGCAUCGGCAAUCACAUUCAACCGCCCAAGCAAUUAUGUGCCACCUAUGAAAGCAUUGCCAAAGAAGGACCUCGCAGCUUCUAUAACGGAUCAUUACUCACUAAACUUUACUCGGACCUACACGAUAUCGGCAGCAGUAUUACAAAAACUGACUUACAAGACGCACAAGCUCAGCUAAUGGAAUCAAUUGUUAUGCCUUUGGACGAGUUUGAUCUACAUUUGACUCCGCCUCCUGGAAGUGGACACAUUGUUGGAUUUAUAAUGAACGUUCUACGUGAAUAUCGCAAGGACUUUGCAGCAACUGAUAAAUUGGAUCCAUUGGCAAUCCAUCGAAUUAUUGAGGCUAUGAAAUUUGGCUUUGUUAAACGUUGGCAAUUGGAUGAUGCAGCCGACGAGCAGUUACUCGAAAACCUAAGAAGCUCAAAGUUGGCUGCUCGCAUUGCCCAGUCGAUUGAUGGUACACAAACCUACAACAGUACAAAGCACUAUGGAGCAACUGGAGAAAUAUAUUCGCGGGAUGAACACGGCACAUCCCACAUCUCAGUACUACACAAUGGCGAUGCUGUUUCAGUAACCAGUUCCAUAAACUUUUAUUUCGGCAGCGGACGCAUGGGAAAACGCACAGGCGUAUUGUUUAACAAUGGAAUGUCCGACUACUCCAUGAGGCAUCUAAAGAACUACUUUGAUUUGCCGUUUGUUGAGGGCAAAAAUGUGAUUGGUCUCGCAGCCAGACCCAUGUCAUCGAUGUCUCCAAUCAUUGUCACCGAACGUGCCACUGGUCAAGUGCGUCUGGUUGUGGGAGCAGCCGGUGGCACAAAAAUCAUUACAGCUCUCGUGCCGCUUUUGGUGCGCAUAAUGUGGCAACAGGCGGACAUUAAAAGUGCCAUCGAUGCGAAUCGCUUUCAUCAUCAAAUGCUGCCCAAUGUGUUGCAAUACGAGUACGGCAUGUUGCAAGCGGAAGUGGACAGUCUGCAGUCGAAAGGACAUCAAUGUGAACGCUAUCGAGAUCGUGGCUCUGUCAUUUGUGGAAUUGCCAAAGACAAAAGUGGAAUUACCGUCAAUUCGGAUUAUAGGAAAUUGGGCGGCGUGGCAGGAUUUUAGCGAAAUCUAACUUGGCUGUAAUUAUAUUGGCACAAAUAUUAAGCCAUAUAAUUUUUG